AACUCUUGGAAAGUACUUACAUUAAAUUAAGUAGUACCAGAAAAAGCUCAGAAGUAGCUGCCAACAGAUUCACUGUGAAUCUGAAAUUCCUCUUUCUCGAACCAGGAUAUCCUUCAGUGUCUUUGCAGAGCUCUUAAUAUUGUUGAAUAUAUUCAUACACAAUGGGGAAUCAAGAGUCUGCCUUAAAUGACGCUCACAGUGAUUAUUAUCACCACAGCCCAGAACAUGUAAGAAAUGAAGUUGGCUCCAAUCCUCAAUAUCAACCUACUACUUAUGCAGAAAGCUCCAUGGAUUCUAAUUAUCGAGCUCAAGUUACAUCACAUGCCGGAGGUUCAGAUACAGCGAACUAUCAAAGGAACCAGCAAGCCUCUUACAUAGCUGAUAACUAUAACUCUUUGGAUGAGGUUAUUACCGCAUUGCGAGAAUCAGGCCUUGAAUCGUCAAACUUGAUUCUUGGCAUUGAUUUCACCAAAAGCAAUGAGUGGACAGGAAAGCAUUCAUUCAACAGAAGAAGCCUUCACUCAGUUGGUCACACAGCUAACCCAUACGAGCAAGCCAUCUCUAUAAUUGGGCGAACUUUGUCUCCUUUUGAUGAGGACAACUUGAUACCUUGUUUUGGAUUUGGUGAUGCAACCACACACGAUCAGCAUGUGUUUAGCUUUUACCCUGAUCAUCGCCCUUGCCAUGGAUUUGAGGAAGCUCUUGCAAGAUAUAAGGAAAUUGUUCCUUAUCUGAAAUUAUCAGGUCCAACUUCAUUUGCCCCAAUAGUCAACGCUGCAAUAGAUAUAGUGGAAGCAAAUAAUGGGCAGUACCAUGUCCUUGUCAUUGUUGCAGAUGGACAGGUGACAAGGAGCACUGACACUCCACCUGGAAGCCUUAGCCCUCAAGAACAGGCUACUGUAAAUUCUAUUGUUGCUGCUAGUGAAUAUCCUCUUUCAAUUAUUCUGGUCGGUGUUGGAGAUGGCCCGUGGGAUGAAAUGCAACGGUUUGAUGAUAACAUUCCCCAACGGGCAUUUGAUAACUUCCAGUUCGUCAAUUUUACAAAAAUCAUGUCUGAGCGUUCAGCGAUGGAAAAGAAGGAAGCAGCCUUUGCUCUUGCCGCACUCAUGGAAAUUCCGAUUCAGUACCGAGCCACACAAAGGCUUCAAUUCAGAGAAAGCAAAAGAGGCCCUCGGACAAGGCCACUUCCUCCUCCUCGUGAAGUAAUUGAUCAUGACAGUGCAGUCAAAUCAUUGCCACAUGCGACAAGCUAUGAACCUGCUGACCCUGGAGCUGCAGAAAGAGAUUGUCCCAUUUGCUUGACAAACCCAAAGGACAUGGCUUUUGGAUGUGGUCAUCUGACAUGCAAGGAGUGUGGUGUCACAAUAACAAUGUGUCCUUUAUGCCGAGAGCCCAUUACAACUCGCAUAAGACUGUACGGCUAGAUGCACAGUACUAUCUCCUGAACUACCUAAAAUCCGCAGUUUCUCCAGGAUGUCAACUAAAGACGACAUUCCGGAGGUGUAAACUUUCCUUGUACCUUGAAGAAGAGCCCUCAGGCUGUCAGUCAUAUCAUAGCUGAUGUGAAAUAUAUCAAAACUGUAAAUGAGCUGUAACCUAUGUAUAGCUUAUCUAGAAUUCUUCACCUGUCCUAUUUUUUGUAUGGACAUUUUUAGUACCUAUAGCAAAAUGUACAUAACUAAAUGUAUGAGAGACAUCUAUGUUGAUACUUGAUAUUCUUGUCACUGAUUCUGUUA